GGUCAUUGUGUCGCUGCGGGUUUCCGGUCCUCUUUCCCCUCCCAGGGAGGUUUGUGUGUCGGUGCGGUUGGCAUUGCUGUUGAGCCGUUUUUUCAUUUCUUCUAGUCCCCUCCCCGUGCUUGCCUGCAUGGAUCCUCCCGGGCGGGUAGUGCGGCGCCCCCAAGGAGGGGAGGACGGCGGCCCGGGUCAGAAUCCUAUAGGUAUGGGUUACGUACCAACAGAGGAUGAAAGAAGAAUUUUCAGGGAAUGCAACGAAGAGAGCUUCUGGUAUAGAUCUGUGCCUUUUUCUGCAGUAAGCAUGAUUCUCACUCCAGGCUUAAUUAAGAAAGGAGUUCUCACCACUCAUUCAAGGUUUGGCUCUCUUCCUAAAGUUGCAUUUGCCGGUAUAUGUGGAUAUAUUGCUGGAAAGAUUUCUUACAUGUCGGCCUGCCAGAGGAAAUUUGAGAGACUGGAGAAUUCCCCAAUAGGAGAGAGUUUACGACGAAGGCACAGAUAUCUUCCAGAUAAAUAUGCUGCUCAAAAAUCAAACUUUGCAGGUUCGCCUUCUGGGUUAUUUUUUGGAUAUUCUCAAACAGCUGAAGCUCCACUUUCUUCCAGCUCUUCACAUGAAUAUAGUUCAGCAGAUCAGCCUGCAGAGCAGUCUGUCUCUAAUUAUGCACCAAUUCCAUUCAGUUCUUCUCUGAAUGAAUCCUCUCCUACUGGAAUUACUGACCAUAAUGCCCAAGAACCUGUUCCAUUACUAGAAGAAAGUCCUAAAAGAAAAAGUGUCUCAUACGAGGAGUUAAGGACUAGAAACAGAGAGACAUAUGAAGUAGCAAUAACACAAAAGCCAGAGACUCCAGUCAAGUCUUCACAGGAGAGACCUUUUAAAAAAGAAGUUAAAGUAAACAAGUAUGGAGAUGCUUGGGAAGACUGAAAACUGAAUCUUUGCAUGUACUGAAGGAAGAUAUCGUCAAUCAGCUAACUUCAGUUCCAUCUAUGUUGGUCAUGAAUAUCUGCACACUUUGGUGUAUUUUGCCAAACUGAAAUAUGUUAUAAUAAAGGAGAUUAGAUUUUAUUUUUGACUUUCCAGAAGAGUGAAAAAUGUUGGAUUGUAGGCUUAACAUUGUGUAGCUUUGCACCAUUGGGGAACUAGACUAUUGAUGAGAACAGUGAUUUUAAACAGUUUGAUAUUGUUUAGAAAUAAUGAAAAAGGGAUAGCUCGCACUAAUUUUAUAGAUUUGUAAUGCGAGAUAAGACACUGGCAUAUGUAAACAGACUAAGUCAGAUGUAGUGGUGUUGAGAGGGGAAAAAAACAAUCUUUUCAGAUUAUUUAAGACUCCCAUUAAAAGUCACUCAGUAAAAUAUA